GUUUCAUUUAGACAUAAGCAACACAGCUAGACUGAUGGAUAUUUACACAGUUUCAGACUUAGAACUUGCUACUAGGUUUCUAUUUUAUGGAAGAGAGGACGGUACUUAUUUUGCUACAAAUGGAAAUUAUCAAAUCGACAAACACACCACGAGUAUCAAUAGGUUGAUUCGGGAAGGUAAAGGAAGAGAGGUUGUUGAUCUUAUCAAACAGAUUAGCAUCGAAGGUCGGGCCCCAAAGCAAUGACCACUUCUUUAUGCUCUAGCUCUAUGUGCUAGAUGUGAUGACAAACUAACGAAGACUACAGCAUAUCGGAGUCUUAUAGAGGUUUGUCGCUUGCCAACUCAUCUUUUCCAAUUUAUUAAGUAUGCAGAGGAGUUAAGUGGAGAAACGUCGGGAUGGGGAAGAGCCCAGAGAACAGCAGUGUCACAUUGGUACAACCAACCAAGUUUUCAGAAAAAUCCAAUGAAGCUUCUAAGGCUUGGGUCAAAAUAUCGGCGUCGACAUACAUUUAGUCACCAAGAUGUCAUACGUCUUGGACACGUUAAACCAGAGGGCCCCCAUAGUGCAUUUGCAAUUAGAUAUCUGGCUAAAGGAAAAGAAAAUGUCGACAAUAUCGACACAUCAGAUGGAAUGAUAAGCAACGCAUAUCUAUUUGUGUUGGCCUUAGAAAAGGCUAAAAACUGCUCUCCGAACGAUACGUCACUCUUAUGUCAGCUGAUCAAGGAUCAUGAACUCUCACAUCAGCAUUUACCAACAACAAGUCUGACUUCCGCUGAAGUUUGGCGGAGUCUCAUCUACACGAUGCCCAUCACAGCAUUAAUACGACACCUAGGGAAGCUGUCAAAACUGCAUCUCCUGGAAAACGGAUCAAUGGAGGAGGCCCAUGUUAUUGGUCGAUUAGAAAAUGUUGAAAAUCUUCGAUUUGCCCGAAUUCAUCCAUUUACACUUCUUACUGCGUGGAACUCGUAUAGAAGAGGUCAUUCGGGCCCAUACAAGCGUUUAAUAUGGACAGUCAAUCACAAAAUCGCAGAUGUCUUAGAAACAGCUUUCUACAAAUCAUUUGUCUCUGUAGAACCAAUCAAAAAACGAAUUCUCAUAGCCGUGGAUGGAAGCGAGGCAAUGAUGCAACCUGCUAAUGGAAUGAAGGAGGUUUCUGCACGCAGUACAGCAGUGGCAAUGGCUUUUAUAUUUGCAAAGAUGGCGGAUAAUACAGAAGUUGUUCUAGUCAAAGACCAAUUAUAUCCCGUUAAUUUAGAUCAAUCCGACAACCUUGAGGUUGCCUCUCAGAAGUUUUCUAUUAAUGGUACUUGUGAUUAUUGUGAUCCAUGUAAGCCAAUAAAUUGGGCUAGAGAAAACAAAAUGAAAUUUGACGCCAUUGUGUUCUUUACAGCUUCAUUGGCAUUUAAUAACAAUGUGAACCCAUCGGCUGCUAUGCGACAAUACAGGGAGGAACUUGGUAUCCCACGUGCUCGUCUCGCGAAUGUUGGAAUGGCGAGCAAUGAAUUCACUGUAACAGACCAGACAGAUAUCGACAUGCUCAAUGUUGUUGGCCUUGAUUCAACUAUUUUGACAAUAAUUUCAGAUUUCUUUAAAAGAUAAUCCAUAGGGAAAUGUUACUUUUGUACCACGUACUUUUUCGUUAAUUUUUCAAUUUCUUUAAAAAAAAACAAUAAUUAAAACAACUG